CCAGAUGGAAUGAAAAAGAGACCUGAAAACAUCUUAAGAAAAGCUAAAGAUGAAGUUCUUCACCAAACACGGGGAGUACAUGCAAGGGAAAUCUGAAGAACUCCCCGGACAUGGCUUCCGGAAGCUCAAGAAGAUCUUGAAGAAGUGCAGGGCAGACUUUUCGUGCGUCCUUGGCAGCCAAACCUCCGCGGAUCAUUGCCCAGUGUGCGAAGAAACCUUCUUUCCCUCUCUUCUCAAGGAAAUGUCGUCAGUUGUAGGUUACUUCAAUGAGCGUGUGCAGAAGUUGCGUGAGCUACAUCUUGCCUCUAGCUUUCUCAAGUAUUUCCUUUGGUUCAGACUCUUCAGAGCCAACCUACUAAGCGACCAUGCUGCCUUAAUUGAAGAAGGUCAAGAUCAUGUUACCUAUGCACUUAUCAACGCUGCUGCAAUUCAAAAAAUUCUUAAGAAAUAUGAUAAGAUCCAUUGCUGCAAUAAAGGGCAGAUCUUCAAGACCCAAACCAAAAGUAUGCAAAUUGAAAUUCUUCAGAAUCCUUGGCUUUACGAGCUUAUGGCUCUCUGCAUCAAUAUAAGGGAAAGCAAGUUCAAAUCAGACAAGGCAGCAGCGUCGUCGUCCGAGGGAAUUGACCUUAUAUUUAGUGAUGGAAAACCAUCACUCACUUGUGGGAUCUUUGAUUUUGCCAAACUUGAUAUCGACUUGACUUGUUCUAUAUGCUUGGAGACCGUCUUUGACCCAGUUUCACUCAGUUGUGGUCAUAUGUUUUGCUACAUGUGUGGCUGCUCAGCUGCGUCUGUGACUGUUGUUGAUGGACUAAAGGCGGCAGCUCCCAAAAAAAAAUGUCCUUUGUGCCGACAGAAAGGAGUUUUUGCAAGUUUCGUACGCUUGGAUGAGCUUAGUACUCUAUUAAGCAAAAGAUGCCCUGAUUACUGGGAGCAGAGACGUAAGAGAGAAAGAACAGAGAGGAUUCAGCAGGCAAAGCACCACUGGGAAAAUCAAUCUCAAGCAUUUUUGGGCAUCUAAUUGGGUGUUAUCUACAUCUAUAGCUGGUGUUAGGUAAAAAUGUGAAAACUUUGUACGUAUCCAAAAAUGAAACCGCACACGAAUUUGAUUUAACUACUGUUUAUAGAUAUUAUGUUUCUUGUA